AUGGAGAUCCCUGUGAUAGAUUUUAGUGAUCUCGAAGGUGAGAAGAGGGACAGAACAAUGGCACUUCUGCAUCAAUCUUGUGAGAAAUGGGGCUUCUUUCAGGUUGAGAACCAUGGAAUAGACAAGAAGUUGAUGGAAAAGGUGAAGAAGCUGGUGAACUCACACUAUGAAGAUAACUCGAAGGAAAGCUUCUAUGAGUCAGAGAUGGCUAAAAGGUUGAAUAGCAAAGAUAAUUUAAAUGAUACGGACUGGGAAAGCAACUUUUUUAUUUGGCAUCAUCCAAAAUCUAACAUCAAUAAAAUUACAAAUCUAUCUAAGGAUCUUCGGUUAUGUGUUCUUGUCCUUGUCAUGAGGUCACUCUAUCUGAUAUGCUAUUUCAACUUUUUCUAUGAGGCUUCUCUAGUCAACUACUCGGAUGGGAAUGUACCAUUAUGGGAUGCAAUGCUGAGUGGUCAUGAACAUGUGAUCAAACUUCUUAUGGAUAAUGGUGCAAACCUUAAUUCUGGAGAUAUGGGUCACUUUGCAUGUAUUGCCGCAGAGCAAAACGACUUAGAAUUACUUGAAGAAAUUGUUCGCCAUGGAGGGGUUGUCACGGAACCUAGGAAUAAUGGCUCCACUGCUCUCCAUGUUGCAGUUUGUGAAGACAACAUUGAAAUAGUCAGAUUUCUCUUAGACUUGACAAUUUGUCUAUUAAUGGUUCAACAACUUUGA